GAAAAAAUAGUCUCAGCACAAGAGAAACACAAGGAGAGAGAGAGAGGCUGCCAGAGGGGGGGCCCCCAACAACUACACUCUGGGGGGAGGGCAACAAGGGCAGCGGAUGUGUCAGACAGAAACGCACUGAACAUGGCAGCUCCAGGUUACCCCUCACCUGCUGCCGGAUACCAAAGCCCACCGUACCCUUCCCCGCCAUAUCCCGCCGGUCCGUCUGCUCCACCUGCGCCCCCAUCUCCAGGUUUCCAUGACUACCCCGGACCCGGCUGCAGCGUCCCCCCUCACCACCAUUUACAGCCGGCGUUACACCCACAGCCAGAGCCGCCACCGGGGGGCGCACCGUAUAUGCCAGUCAGCAGCGGCACCACCCCUAGUGCACUGGAGUACCUCAGCCAGAUAGACCAAAUAUUAAUUCACCAGAAAACAGAACUCUUAGAAGCUGUCACAGGCUUUGAGACAUGCAAUCAGUAUGAGUUACGGAAUAUGAUGGGUCAGCGGAUAUUCACAGUGCAGGAGAGGAGUACGGUGUGCGCACGUUGUUGCUGUGGUUCUCUCCGUCCUCUUACCCUCCAUGUAUGCGAUUACUCUGGGAGGGAGGUCAUCCAUUUUAUCCGGCCCCUCAAGUGCAACAGCUGCUGCUUCCCAUGCUGCCUACAGGAGCUGGAGGUGCAGAGUCCCCCAGGACACACCAUUGGGUAUGUGGUACAGACGUGGCAUCCAUUUGUUCCUAAAUACUCUCUUUUGACGGAGAGCCGGGAGCCUGUGUUGAAGGUCGUUGGACCAUGUCUAAUGUCCAGCUGCUGUGGAGAUGUGAACUUCCAGGUAAAACCCAUGUGUGAGUCCCGCAGCGUGGGACGGAUCAGCAAGCAGUGGGGCGGACUGCCAAAGGAAAUAUUCACUGACGCCGAUAACUUCGGGAUUCAGUUUCCAAAAGAUCUGGAUGUAAAGAUGAAAGCAGUGUUACUCGGGGCGUGCUUCAUCCUGGAUUAUGCCUUUUUUGAGAGAUCGAGAAGUAAGAGCGAGCGACACACAGUGAUUGGCUAGUGGUCCGGACCCCUCGUCUAGACAAUCAGCACCAUCUAUCCCCUCACCGUAUGCUCUGGUUUACACCCAAUCUAUAACCCGCUCCUCAACGCCCCCCGGAUCUCUCCCUGUACCUGGAAGUUUACAAGCGUCUGUAUAAACUGUAAACAGAUGUAUCUAUAUAUUAACGUGUGUAUGUAUUUGACUUUAAAUAUUGCUCUGUACAAAUGUCUUCUUAUCUAUCAUUAUAUUUAGUAUCUUUC